UAGGUGUCAUGGCGAGCUCCAUCUAAAGUCGCUGCAGUUUCCGGAGAGUGGCGUACUCAUCUCUCAAGAAGAUUUGAGACUAAUUAUGAAUAAUCGAGAGAAGAUGCCUUCUGCAUCCUGUGAUACAUUCCUGGAUGACAUAGAAGAUAUUGUGUCACAAGAAGAUUCAAAGCCCCAAGAUAGGCAUUUUGCGAGAAAGCACGUUGUUCCAAAGGUGCGAAGGCGAAACACCCAAAAAUAUUUGCAAGACGAAAAUAGUCCACCAAGUGAUAGCACUAUUCCAGGCAUACAGAAAAUUUGGAUACGAACUUGGGGUUGUUCUCAUAAUAAUUCAGAUGGAGAAUAUAUGGCUGGACAACUAGCUGCUUAUGGAUAUAAAAUUACAGAAAAUGCAUCAGAGGCAGACUUAUGGCUCCUGAAUAGUUGUACUGUAAAAAAUCCGGCUGAAGACCACUUUAGAAACUCAAUUAAAAAAGCUCAAGAGGAGAACAAGAAAAUAGUGCUUGCUGGAUGUGUUCCUCAAGCCCAGCCUCGUCAGGACUACCUUAAAGGGCUGAGCAUCAUAGGGGUUCAACAGAUAGAUCGUGUGGUAGAAGUUGUGGAGGAAACAAUUAAAGGUCACUCUGUGAGACUGCUGGGUCAGAAAAAGGAUAAUGGAAAACGGUUGGGGGGAGCACGACUGGAUUUGCCAAAGAUUAGGAAGAAUCCACUGAUAGAAAUCAUUUCCAUCAACACUGGGUGUCUCAAUGCUUGUACCUACUGCAAAACUAAGCACGCCAGAGGAAAUUUGGCCAGUUAUCCAGUUGAUGAGUUAGUAGAUAGAGCCAAACAGUCUUUUCAAGAGGGUGUUUGUGAAAUAUGGUUGACCAGUGAAGACACAGGGGCUUAUGGCAGAGAUAUUGGCACCAGUCUUCCCGCACUGCUGUGGAAACUGGUUGAAGUGAUUCCUGAGGGAGCAAUGCUGAGGCUUGGCAUGACAAAUCCGCCCUAUAUUUUAGAGCAUCUGGAGGAAAUGGCAAAAAUCCUUAAUCACCCCCGAGUGUAUGCCUUUCUGCACAUACCAGUCCAGUCUGCCUCUGACACUGUGCUCAUGGAAAUGAAAAGAGAAUACUGCGUGGCUGACUUCAAAAGAGUAGUGGAUUUUCUGAAAGACAAAGUUCCUGGAAUAACUAUUGCUACAGACAUUAUCUGUGGUUUUCCUGGAGAAACAGACCAAGAUUUUCAAGAAACAGUGAAACUUGUUGAAGAGUACAAGUUUCCAAGUCUCUUUAUUAACCAAUUUUACCCAAGACCAGGAACUCCUGCUGCAAAAAUGGAACAAGUUCCAGCGCAAGUGAAAAAGCAAAGAACAAAAGAUCUUUCUCAAGUAUUUCAUUCCUACAAUCCAUAUGAUCACAAGAUUGGUGAGAGACAAAAAGUAUUAGUCACAGAAGAAUCUUUUGAUUCCCAGUUUUAUGUUGCACACAAUCGAUUCUAUGAGCAGGUUUUAGUGCCAAAGAACCCCACAUUCAUGGGGAAAAUGGUCGAAGUGAACGUUUAUGAAUCAGGAAAACAUUUUAUGAAAGGGCAGCCAGUUUCAGAUGCCAAAGUAUACACGCCGUCCAUCAGCAAACCAUUAGCAAAAGGAGAAAUCUCAGGUUUAACAGAGGAAUUCAGAAAUAGGCUUGGGAACCACCUGAAUUCAGUAUCCCACACCUUGGAUGCAACUCAGCAAGACUCGGCGGGUUCCAGAAUGGCGCUACAAUUGCAAAGGCUACACCAGGACUGUGCACUGAGGCUGUCUGUGGUCCUGGCUCUGUUUGCUUUUCUUUUUGCUUUUUUGAUCAAGGUCUAUAAUUAAAACACAACUUAACUGAAGCAUCUGUGAAGAAGAAUAAUGGGUUCGAUCCCUGGUUGGGGAAUUAAGAUCCCACGUGCUGCAGGGUGUGGCCUUUAAAAAGCCAAAUCUGUGAAGAGGAAUGAAUUUCUUUUUUUUUUAAUUUUUUUAUUUAUUUAUGGCUGUGUUGGGUCUUUGUUUUUUUUUUUUGUGCGAGGGCUUUCUCUAGUUAUGGCAAGCGGGGGCCACUCUUCAUCGCGGUGCGCGGGCCUCUCACUAUGGCGGCAUCUCUUGUUGUGGAGCACAGGCUCCAAAUGCACAGGCUCAGUAAUUGUGGCUCACGGGCUUAGUUGCUCCGCAGCAUGUGGGAUCCUCCCAGACCAGGGCUCGAACCCAUGUCCCCUGCAUUAGCAGGCAAACUCUCAACCACUGCGCCACCAGGGAAGCCCAUGAAUUUCUAAUUAAAAUCUUCAAAGAAAAGGAGAGCGACCACAUCAGUUCUCAAAGGGCAGUAAUUUAUACUGUCUCCCGGCCCUUCAGCCACACUCUUUCAUGGGGCUUACCCAGUCUCACCUUGAGUUGGACUCAUUGGUUAUUUGACCUAAAACCCAACAACAGCUGCCAUAGCAUGUCUUUUCAGUUAAGCUCCCCUUGGUUUAUUUUUAGCAAGAAAUGCAAGUGGUCGCAUUUUCUUUAAAUCACCAAUCUUCAAGUCAGAACCUCUUUGUACCGUGGGCCUGGUCACCUCUUCCUUAUGCGGGAAGAAUUUUCCAUUUUCAAUAAACAUUUUUACAUGUG